AUGAAGCAAUCAUUUGUCAGAUAUAGCAUUCCAAAUAAAUCCAAAACAUUGCGAUUCAUUAUGGUGUAAAGAUAUGAUUAUAAUUUUUAUUUGGCUGACAGUUUAAGGUUACUUGAGUAAUAUAAUGAAGCAAUUAUUUGGCGGUUUAGGUUUUGCAACUAGAUCCAAAUCAUUAUCUUUCAUUACAUUGCAAAGGUAUGACUAUUAUAUUAAUAUUAGCUCAUAGUGUAGGGUUGCUUGAUUAAUUUAGUGAUGCAAUCAUUUUAGUGGAUGAAGGGUUAGAAAUAAAUCCAAAUCAUUGUUAUUUAUAAUCCACAAAAGGUACUAAUUAUUUUUAAUUCUAAGGUAACUCAAUAAGAGAAAACUUAAAUCGAUAAGUUUAAGAUAAUUUAAAAUGCUUGAGGAAGCUAAGAAAGUAAUUGAAUAAUCAAUCCAAAUCAUAUUGACUCAUUAUUAGCAAAAGGUUCGACUUUUCUUAUUGAUAGGUUGGUUUUUAAAGGAUCAGAAUUAAUACGAAGGAGCCUAAAUAUUUUUUGAGAUGGCUUAAAAUUUACGUCCAAAUGAGUAUUGGAUUAAAAAAUACAUAGGUAAUAUAUCUCUCAAAUAUUCAGAUGUAUGCUAAAAAGUUUAAAAAACCGAGUGA